AUGAUUGUCAGCACCGGUUUCUCUUCACAGGCUGAGCGCCAAAUCAAUCUCUGGGACAUCCGAAAGCUACCGGCUGAUGGCACGGGAGACGUGUCGGCAGUGACCUCCUUGAACGUAGAUCAAGGAACGGGGGCCUUGUAUCCGUACUUCGACCCGGGCACACAGAUGCUAUACAUUGCCGGGAAAGGUGACAGCAACGUUAGGUACUUCGAGGUAACGAAUGGAGACCCCUUCCUCCACUACCUCGAGGCCUACAAGUCCACAGUGCCGCAGAAAGGCUGGGACUUCCUGCCAAAGCGAUGCGUUGAUGUUAGCGUCCACGAAGUCAUGCGCGGGCUCAAGCUUGAAACUAGCUCCAUCCAGCCGGUGUCCUUCCGGGUCCCCCGGAAGAGCGAAGCCUUCCAGGAGGACAUCUUCCCUGACUGCGCCGCUGGCAUCCCGAACAUGACCGCCGAUGACUGGGUGUCUGGCCAGGAAUGCAGACCUCCCACUCUGACCUCCAUGAGGCCGGGGGCAAUGCGUACGCAGGGCAACACGAGCAGCGCUCCUGCAGUCGUGUCUGUGAAGGACCUGAAGAAGCAGCUGGCAGAGGCCCAGGAGCGCAUCAAGUCCCUGGAAACGGAGAACGCGGCGCUGAAAGAGGAGCUCGCAAAGGCGAAGGCCGGUUAA